UCUUACCUUAGAGACAACAUUUCUCACUCUCGUCCACCUAUGUACGCGUGAAUCAGAUUUCCUCAAUAUAAUACCCAAACAAGCCAUUGAUCAACAGCCCGCGCAAGAAACUCUGCCCAUUACCAAUUCUUGCUAAAGUCUCCGACACACACAAACACCCUCACCAGAUUUGAACAUCAUGGGAAAUUUCAUCUCCUGCACUUUCGUAGCUCCCAAACUGAGGAGUCCCAAAUCAGCAAGAGUCAUUCUCCCAGGAGGCGAAAUCCGGCAGUUCCGACAGCCCGUGAAGGCUGCGGAGCUCAUGCUCGAGUCUCCCAACUUUUUCCUCGUCAACUCCAAGUCCUUAAACAUCGGCAGACGAUUCUCGCCGCUGUCAGCCGACGAGGACUUGGAAUUCGGGAAUCUCUAUGUUAUGAUUCCGAUGAGGAGAGUGAAUUCGGUCGUCACGGCAGCUGAAGUGGCUGUUUUCCUGAUGGCGGCUAACUCCGCCCCGAAGCGGAUAUCCGGCGGUAAUUACUCCAUGAAAGUGUCUCCGGAGGCAGUGACGUCGCCGGGUGAUGAUGACUCGAGUACUGAGAGUGAACGGCCGAGGUUGAAUUUGGACGGCGUGGCGCCGGAAUACAAGUAUAGGCUAGCGGUCUGCAGGUCCAAGAGGCCGGGGCUGGAUACAAUCACGGAAGAGCCAGCGGUAGCUUUUUCAAGAUGAAAAUAUAUUUUUAGCUUAGGGUAGUUUAAUUUUUCUUUUUCUUUUUUAAAUUUAAUUUUGUUUGUGGAUGAACACAAAAUAUACAUACGGCUAGAAAUUAGAGUAGGACACUUUAGAAGACUGUAAUAUAAAGUAAGAAAAUUCAAAGGCUAUGGCCCAUUAAUUUUGAAUACCUAUUAUUAUGUUUUAUGAGAAUUAGUUUGUGAUUUUUGUGUU